AUGUUCAGAGCUGCGCAUUUGGUGUGUGUGUGUGUGUGUGUCUCCGAAGGAAAAGCCCCACAUCAACUAAAUUUCUCGUUCUCGAUGCAACCAACCCUCCGACAAGAGCGGAGAAUGCCUAUCCUUCUUACCAUCCUCCUCCUUCAUGAGAGAUGCAGAGAAUAG